CAAAAUUUAUUCGCAUAAAUUGAUGUCAAUUCUUUUUGCACACAUGACAGUGUUACGAUUAUCGUAGCACUAUAAUCUCACUGUGAACUUUUAACUAAAUUAGUUUUCAGUUACAAUGAAAAAAUGUUAACGUUACCGUAACGCCACCGUGAUGUCAUCCAAAUUUUCCACCGUGCAAACUUAUCGGGAGAAAACCUGAUAAACACAGCUUCGCGACACGACCGUCACGUUACGCGAUUAAAACGUGAAUCAGGAAAAUUUCCGCGGACGAUGAUCGCGAACGGAUAACGGAAGUGGAUUUCGUGAAACGCGGUUAUCGCUACUUCAAGUCGGUCUGUUUCCUCGCGCGUGCAGUACCCUUUUCCUAGGUCAGAAUUAUGGAAAUAUUCUCGCAAUCAGGAUUGGUGCUCCAUUUCCGCGGCGAUGAUUGGAACCAGUUGAUUCGGCUAUCGGUCAAUAGCAUUUUGAUCUCGCGCACGGGGACCAAUCGAUAUUAGUUUGAUCGUCGAUUGGCCCCGGUCGCGUUUGAUAUCGUUUGACGGUACCAAUCUAAUGGUACCUGGAUCCGCGGUCCCGCUGAGAACGAGCCUUACGGCGUUUCGCGCUAAAACCUAGUCGCCUCGAAUUCGAAAUCCGAUCGAACGAGCGACGAACGGACGAAAUUCCGCUAUACAGCAGCAGCAGCAACAUGAACGUCGGCGGUGACAUCGGGCAGCUGUCCUACAAGGAGCUGCAGGCUCUGGCCUUGAGGUAUCACGUACCGGGUAACAUCAAGGUGAGCUGUCAUCGUCAUCGGCGCAGCCAACACGCCUAACCGUUCCCGUUUCUCGUCCCUUUUAAUUCGUCUGUCUCUGUUCAGUCUGCGACAAUUAUUCGAAAUUUCCGCACGGCCGACACGGUAUUUCCGAUGCGGCCAAUCAUGGUUCUUGCAAUUCAAAGAAUCUCACAUCCUCGAGUCGGAGUCGACCACCUGCCGGUCGCGAUCGCCCGAAUUUCGGCCGGAUCGAGAGCGCGAUUUCCGUAAAUCCGGAGGAUUCUAACCAAGAUCGAUUCCUUGGAGUGUUGUCGAUGCAACGUUCGGAUUGACGUUGCCGUCGCGCGUGCAGAGGGUUGCGCUAGUCGCCAGUUAACGGGCAUUUAGUUGGCGACUAGUGGACUGCCGCCGUCUUUAUCUACUUGCUCCGAGGAGACAUGGAUGAUCGGUGCAUGAUGGAGGAUCCUGCACUUAAAGGAAAAAGGUAUUGGUCAAAGUUCUGCAAGCUGCCAGGAGCGGAGAUGAGGCAGAAUUCAGUCGACUGCUGCAGGAGCUGAGGAAGAAUCGCAAGAGGAAGACGAGGAAGUCGAAGGACUCUAAACUUGGAAUAACGUCGACGCCGUUGCACAGUCCUGACUACAUAAUGGCCGACGACGACUAUUACUGCCAGCAACAGCCGCAGCAACAGCCGCAACAGCAGGCCUCUUAUCAGUGGUGUUUCCCGUUUCUGCAGAUCGGCGCCGAGGAGGAAAUCGUGAGCAAGGAUGACGACAACAAGAUCCCGCAUUACGAGGAGUUCAAGCAGUUCCUGCUCAAGCGAAUCCAACGGGAAUUUCAAACUUGCGAUGCCAACAACAACAACCAGGUGCAGGACCUGAGUAUCGUGGACCUGCGUACUAUGCCGAUGUCGCCCGGUCUACAAACGAUUCCUAUCGAUGAACCAAGCUACCCAAAAGCAGGCUUGAUUGAUCCAGGGGAUCCGCUGGCGAUCGCGACCGACAGAGGCGACUACCAAGUACUGAAAGAGCCCGAAGGAAGCCCGCAGGGCUCGUUCUUGCUGAAGAGGAUGCUGCAGGCACCGGUGGGCGCCAAUCUCGGCGAGAUUGCCAGUUCGUUGUUCUGGGCCAGUAAUUUGUUGGACAAUUCCGACACUCUGACCGCGGAAUCUGAAAAUAACGACACCGAGGACCAACUGGUGGCCAACGCCAACGAAUACUACGGACUGCUGAAGAAUAACAAGGGCGAGUUCCUGCUGAACGAGGCGAGUCUAAUGCCGCCUCAGGAUCCUGGCAUCCUAACUAGCAACGAUCAAUACAACAGAUUUCCUAGCGACGUGGACAAUCGGCAGAACCCCUAUCAAAACUGGACGAUCACCAGCGUGAUGGAAGUACCCGUCAGCGAUCUGCCGUCCUCCAAAGUGUUCCACACGAUUUAUUAUAAUAAUAAUACAGACCCCGCCACCGUAACUGCCGCGAACGCAAAUAACGAUCUGGGCUAUCAGUAUCAGACUGAUCCCGCUUGCAACGACAAUCAGAAUUACCUCAACUUUGAUGCGCAGGACAUCAACUACGCAACCGGCACGGAUACAAUAACCAGCCAGCCUAACGAUAUUUAUUACCUGCAAAAUUUCAGUAAACACAGUAGCCAGACGGAAGUAGCGUAUUUACACAACGCUGACACCUUCGGACACAGUAACGCUCAACAAAAUAUCUAUCCAAACGAUCAGCAGUAUCAGUAUUUUUAUCCUCGACUCACUCAGGAAACGAACAAUCCAUUGAACGAGAGACUGGAGCAACAGCAAAGUAAUGCGGUCGCAGGAAUGGACAAUUGUGUUAAUCAGGAGAUCGGUGCGAGAAAUUUGCAGAGACCGGCAAAUGGAACGGUGGACCCGUUUUGGCCGAAGUGGACCACCCAGGCCAGCAACAAUCUGGAGAACAUCCUCAACUACCACGUCACGAAGCAGGUGGACUAUUCCAAGCUGAGUCAAACGUCCUGCGUGUACUGUUACGCGGCGCCGAUCGUCUCACAACGAUCCACCUUGACAAACAGCAGUUGCUCGAGCGAGCACAAAUACACCGCCGAACAGCGACAGCACUCCUUUUCGCCCUACUGGAUGCUGUACAACGACGCAUCGCAGGGUAUGCGAAUGACCAACACAGCCAGCAAUCUGCUCGAGCAGCCUGCGACAAUGACGGCGCACCCGAUCAACAUCUUUGCUAAUGACGAGCUGAAAGAGACUGUCAACGAUACCUCCGAAGCUGCCAUCAACGACGUGUGGAUGAAUCAAUACGAACCAGUGACCAUCGGCGACGACAUGAACGUCCAGGUAUCAGACUCGUUGUUCUGCAACGUUACCGCCAAUCAUAUUGACGAUAUCCUGGAUACGUCAGAUAUGAAGACUUAGAAUUCGCGCGUGUCAUUUACGGUAAAUAAAUAAUUAACGGAUUGUGAUCGAUAAGUGGACGAUACUUAACGGACCGCGUUCUCCGCAUAGUGACAAUUGUUUUCCCGCAACAAUGAUGAUUCUUUCGUUUCUAAUUCGCGGAGGAAUCUCCGGACUUAUUAUUCCGGCUUGAAACUAGGGCGAGUCGCACGAUGAUACCUAAGCGAUUAUUUCGUGAGAUUGCCACCGGCGCGAUGCAUUUACUCCUCUGUUCGAUCUCAUGAACGAGUGAAACGCAAUUAUUUCGCCACCUUGGAACUGGAAUGAAAGCGAUAUCCAAACGGAAAUCGAUAAUGUGCAGAAACGGAAUUUGAAUAAUCGAUAGUUUCGAUUAUUAUUUGAAUAAUCGAUAGCAUUGCGAAAGAUAAAAGAACCGAACUAUUUUUGAGCAUUUUUUCUACUUUGCAUCAUUGAAUGUUCCGUUUUGAUACAUACAAAUUUUUCAGAACAGUUAGAGAAGUAGGAGAGCAGAUACAGAUCAUAGAUUUUGUAGAUCGAAAAUAGAGUGAUGAAUACUUCCUAACUAAGUAAUGAGAAUAUUAGUCGCAUGAAAGUGCGACGCGCAAUGUAAGGGAAUUUACGUUUUUUUUCAUAUACAAGAAAAAAGUAUUGAAAUUUUUAUAUAUAAAAUUUAUAUAGAGAAAUUUAUAUAUAGAAACUA